AUCAACAUCAACAUAUUCCAAGAUGUCAAGCACAAAAUGGAAAUUCAAUUGUCGGGUCAUGCAAAUCAAGUACACAGCGUCAAUGGAAACGAAUAAACAUUAGUUACAGCUUAUUUUAACAUAAGGUCAUUUAAAAAAACUCCAAAUUUAAUUUUUUCUAAAAGCACAUAUAACAAUUGGAUGAAAGGCUUUCAGUCAGUGAACAACUGUGUUAUUCUUUAUACGGAUCAAAUUGAUUUAUCAGUGCAGUUCAAAUUAUAUCGUAGACAUUUCCCAAUCCAUAUGACUAAGGCAUUCAUUUUGAAUCAAACAAGUCUUUGGGCUUUUGGUUUGCAACCACGAAUCAAAGAGAUUUACAACCAAAAAGGAUACCCAAUUCCGGGUCGACCCGCUUAUUCAUCUGCAAUGCAUGCUAAGUAUGAAUUGACCGGAAGAGUAAUACAAGAACAAAUAUUUACGACGAAAUAUCUUGCAUGGAUUGAUAUAGGCUAUCUUAGAAGAAUGAGACCUGACUACUUUCAAAUGAAACCGCCAAAAAGUAUGAAAGAUGAUCAUAUUUCAUUUUCGCAAGUAGCUUUUUUCAAUUCAAACUUAACUCUCAAGGACAUUAUGUAUCAAACUAAAUAUUAUAUAGCUGAUGGACUUUUCAUUGGAAGACCAGAAUAUCUUUCAUUGUUCAUAGAGGAUUAUAAAAUGGCCGUAGAAAGUUUACUUAAAAUGAAAUUGAUGAACUCUGAUCAGCAAAUCUUGUAUGCAAUGUAUUCAGCAAAAUUAUUUUUUCAGCCAAGAAUACGAAUUCAAACAUUCUUUGACGAUAAAAGUUUGAGAACAGCGAGACCUAAGCGAUGGUUUUAUCUAGGUAAUCUAUGUUCAGAAGUCAAUAAACCGAAUGUCAGUGAAGAAAAAUGCAUUUUUAAUUAG